AUGAACGGCGGCGUACGCAACAUAUUCGCGCACGACGGGUUGAUGUGUUUCGUCACGUCGUACCACAAGUCGUUCCGGGCCACGGGGCAGGCCAAGGUCAUCCACCGAUAUUUGCCACGCGAGGUGGGCGAGUUAUUGGUGUGGUAUUUGUGGUUAGUGUUGCCGUGGUGGCAGCAGGUACAGGGCGUCGUCAAAGAUGCCGGCAUACGCAGCCCAUAUUUAUGGCCAGACGAGGUGGUUCGCAGGGACGAAGUCAGCGAGACGGAGCAGAGGGAGAGGAGACAGGCCGAAAUGGAGAGCCAGGGCAGCCAGGAUGGCAUUGGCGGCGGCGGCGAUGAUCGUGGUGAUGAGGAUGGUACCGAUGAGCCCGGUUCCAGUGCGAGGUUCGACAGUUGGGUACAGGAGCGCAAUUGGACGCCAGACCGCGUCCGCCGCAUCAUCCAACGAGACAGCAAACGAUUAUUGGGCACCAUAUUGAACAUUAGUUCGUGGCGGCAGAUUGCCAUCGCCAUAUCCCGUCGAUAUUUGGACAAGGCAUUCAAGGAGUCAACGAUAGAUGGGGUCGAAGAAGACGACGACGGUGUGGACGAUAACCCGAUCGAUUUACAAGCCGGCCAUGGAACGCACGUGGCCGGCAUGGUAUACGCACGAGAGUUGCAGCAAGGGUUAUUCAGCACGGCCACGAUGCGCGAUAAGUUUCGGUCCGUCAGUCGUCAGUGGCAUCGGUUUUUUGGAGUUCCGCGAGGGCGAUAG